AUGAGUGCGAUGUUGCUCACACCUGGCGGAGGAAACAACUCACAAGCGAACCAUAGGUCAGAUAAAGGGAAUACAUCACACGUGGGGAACCAACCCAAGGGAUGCAAAAAAUAUAAUUACGAGUUUGCGGAAUGCUUCUUCAACAAGAGCGAUGAGCUUAACACUUGUGCACUGGACAUUGGAGGUACGUUAAUAAAAGUUGCUUACCGCAGUGACCACUACAUAAGUGAUGAAUGUCAACCCACACGGAAUACACAAUACCUGACAGUCAAAAUUAAAGAAGACCAACUUUUGUGUGUACACUUCUUCAAAAUAAAUGAACUUAACGAAACGUUAUCCUUUUUAAUGCAAAAUGGAUUGAUCAGACAAAAAAUAUUUUUAACUGGUGGGGGGGCUCACAAGUAUUUCUUUAACAUAAUUGAUCACAUCGUCCAGCAUGAGGUGAUUGUUCGGGGGGUUGUUUCCACAGAGGAGUACCCCCUCUUGUAUGUUUCCAAUAGCUACUACUGCGAAACGUCACGCACUCUUUCCCUGGAGCUGCAAAUAAGGGAAAAUACCCUCCCCGAUGGCAAUACCACCCACGAGGGGGUUCCUUUUAACAAAUCACUUGUGGACUCCUUCCCGGCUUGUGAAACAGUUCGAGUAUAUUUAGUGCACCCAAACGCGGAGCAGAAAAAGGGAAAAGGAUAUGUCCCCACUCAAAUAAAACGCGAAGAGGCGAAUAGAGCAAAUGAUGAGGAGAACAACACCCAGGAGAAAUUGUUCCAAGGGGAACUGAUUCUACAAUGCAGUAGGAAGGACGAAAUGCACUGCGUGAUGAAUGGACUAUACAAAUUACUUAAUGUGAAAAAGAGUGUCGUGAGGUAUCAUUUAUUUUUGAAAGCAGCAGUUCCUGUUCAAGUGAAACUUCCAUAUGAACCAUUCAUUAUAGCUAACAUAGGAUCCGGCAUUUCAAUUUUAUUAUCUAAUGGGUUCAAUAAGUAUAUGAGGAUCGGUGGGACAGCCAUCGGUGGGGGAACCCUCAUGGGAUUGGCUCAAUUGAUUUUAAAGAAGGUAUCCUUUGAGGAGCUUAUCAGGUUAGCUGCACCCUUGGAGGGGGAGACAACCUGUUCAUGGUCAGCACAUCCCCCGUUCGAUCUAACUUUGAGGCAUAUACGAAAAGACGCAGCAUGCACUGGCGCACCACCUCAUGGACAACACGCCGUGGCAGCGAGCUUUGGGUUCCUGAGCAAUAUUGUAAAAACGAAAAAUGUUGAAGGAACGAAAUCACUUGGGCAGGCUGUAGCCAGGAGCCUCAUCACCAUGGUAUCGUACAAUAUAGGUUACUUGGUUCAUCUCCUUGCACGGAUCCACGGCGUGCGCAGAAUAUUCUUUUCGGGAAAAUACAUAAGUAACCACGAGUGUAUCAUAAAAUCUCUUACCAUGGGGGUCUACUACUAUUAUAUGUACUGCCAUACGAACGAGGGAGCAGCAAAUGAUAAGCUUAGCGGCAAGCGAAUGGAGGGGGGAAUUCGUGUGAAGCCUUCCCAUCAGUGUUCCCUUUUUCGCAGAGGGGAACGCAACUGCGGCGAAGGAGCUCGCAGGGACGCACUGCCCGAAGUUUUGUUCCUCAAGCACGACGGGUUUUUAGGCGCCAUCGGGUGUUUUUUCUCCUAG